GCUAUCAAAAUAUGAGCCAUAAUGCAUGGACGUUGGAGUUAUCCCCUUUGCUUGUGGAUCUUGUUAUUCAUUGACAAUAAAAUAGUUGUGCAAUGUCAGAAGAGCCCAAAUAUUGUUUUUGUGUUUGCUGACGAUUAUGGGUACCAUGACAUUGGGUACCAUGGAGCUGAGAUUGCCACACCAAAUCUUGAUAGACUUGCAGCUCAGGGGGUCAAAUUAGAGAACUAUUAUGUCCAACCCAUUUGUUCACCAACCCGAAGCCAACUGAUGACUGGAAGAUACCAGGUAUCAUUCACCAUCACUCAUUCCAUCACUGCUUUUUUUUUUUAAUUUUGCAUCCAGUCUUACAUCGAAUCAUUUAAAGAGAAAUUGAUUGCUCAUAGUUCCUUAAAACUGUAUAUUUAUCUUAUUCUACGCCUACUUUUUAUUUAUUUGAAAUCUGUUCAUGAAGCUAUGGUGCCAUAACUGUAUUUUUCCUCCAUAAGAUCCACACAGGUCUUCAACAUAACAUCAUCUGGCCAUCUCAGCCAUAUGGCCUACCUCUGGAAUUUCCAACACUGGCCAAUUUUUUAAAAGACCAGGGCUACUCAACUCAUGCUGUUGGCAAGUGGCACCUUGGCCUGUACAAAAAAGAAUACACACCUUUAAACCGAGGAUUCGACACAUUUUAUGGUGAGUGCUUGAUUAAAGGUUUAAUUAAAUUUCAUAAGUAAGUUAAAGAGGUUAUUUUAAAUACUCAAAGUAUGCUUCUCUAACAUGCAUAAUUUAAAUGAGCUAUAAAUGUAUUAUUACACAUAUUUGUAAUACAAAAUAAUAUGUAGAAAUACUUUCAACAAAGAUAUUUUUAAUUGAGAAAACUAAUACUGGAAUCACAAAAAAACAUUAACUGCACAAUUCUUUUGUGAUUGAUUUGAGUGUGACUAAUAUUUUUGAAUUUUGAAUCUGUGGUCAGGAAUUUUUUUUAUUUCUUUAAGUUCAUGCUUAUCUUUUAACACAACAUUUAGUUUUUUUUUUUUUACAACAUUGAUUAAUAAAUUUCUAUUUUCAAUUGAACUAAAAUCAUAGCCAUAAUGAAUUAGUUUUUCCUCUAUAAACAUUUUAACUAUUGCAGGCUACUGGGAGGGUGGCGAAGAUUACUACACCUACUACAACUGUGACACCUUUCACAAUAAAACCAUUGAUGAGGGUCCCACUAUCACUAGAAGUUAUUCCCCAAAGGAUAUCUCGUCUGGGACACAUGACAAAGCAGUCCAGUGGUGUGGAUAUGAUCUCAGGGAUAUGGAUAGACCAGUAACAAAUAUGAAUGGAACUUAUUCGACACAUCUUUACACUAAGAAAGCUAUAGAUGUCAUUAAUCAAGCAAGGAUUGCUGAGAAGGUAAUUUAUUCAUCUUAGUUUAGUAGUUUAGUAAAUUUUUAAAAUAUUUUUGAUAAGAAAGCUUUUUUAAGCUAAUAAUAUAAAAAAUUAACAUUUUUUUAGAAACAAAUUUCAAAAUAUUCUACACGCCAGACAAUUAAAAUUCAAAUAUUGGUAUUCCUUAAUGAUAAAAUUAGCGUAUUUACAGAAUUUAACAAAGAAUUUCAACGUUACAAAAUAGGCAAGAGAUCUGUCACAGAGGAAUUGUCAUGUUAAUGAUAUGAGUUCAUUUCACAUUCACCAGCCAUUCUUCCUCUACCUGGCCUACCAAGCUGUUCACUCACCGAUGGAAGUCCCACUUAAAUAUCUUACUCCUUACGCCAACAUUCAGAACAAAAACCGAAGGAUUUAUGCAGGUUUGACACACAAUUUAUUGCUCAUGAGGAAUAUAAUACUUUGGAAUUUUCAACACAGAGGAGAAAUACUUCAUUUGCAUUAUUUUUGCUUUUUUAUCCUCCUGGAACUUUAGAAAUCAAACAUUAAAUAACUUGAAUUGGUUACUGGCUUGUUAUUUUAAAUUAUUAACUAUAAAAAAAUUGCAUCGAUGUUUUUGUUGUCCUGUAAUGUUGGGAAGUGUAUUUGUCUUUUAUUUUAGUGUUGGAUAAUCCUACCACCCUUCUCAAUUAUUUUUGACAUGUCUAAAACACAUGUGACUAAAGCAUGCUUUGUUUUGUUGCAGUUACAUUUAUUUUAUUUUCAUCCUGAAUUUACUCACGGAGAAAAACAACACAGUAGUGUUAGAUAUUCCACGGGGUGAUGAUUCCUUAAGUGAUGAUAUCACAUUUAUAUAUCAUGGCUGAAAAUUUGUUUUUAGGAAUGACCAGUUGUAUGGAUGAAGGAGUUGGAAAUGUGACCCAGGCAUUGAAAGACGCUGGACUUUGGGACAACACAAUUUUCAUUUUCUCUACAGGUAAAGUCAGUAAAUAGUUAGCCAAUAUGAAAUGUUUUGAGUUUCAAAAGCUAAUAUAAUUAGAAUUCUGUAGUUUUAAACUAAAUCUUUCCUAAAAUAAUGAAUUUCUUAAUAUUUUUAUUGAUUAAAAAUGGGACAAAAGUCUUAAGGGGAGAAUGGUAGUGGACUUUACGUAAAAGUCAUUUAUUUUUUUUUAAUUUAAAAAAAAAAAAAAAUCAAUGUUUUCAAAAAGUCAAUAUUUUCUUACAAUGAACGUGUAUAAAUACAAUCCCCAAAUGAAAGUAGUUAUAAAUAAAAUCUGAAGUACAAAAUUAUUACUUGAGUAACAUUUAUAUAGGCAAUAAAAAUGUUCAGAAGCUGAGCUUAAGGGGUGGUUAGUGUUACAACCCUCUCUAUAACUACAUUCCUUAAUAAACAUUUCUAAUAAGGUUACCAUUUGAAAUUUUAAUUGACCUUCUUACCCUAUUAUUUGUAUUAUCUCAUGUUCCGUUAAUUUUUUACUUUCAGAUAAUGGAGGGGAGGUCAAUGCAGGGGGAAACAACUGGCCUCUGCGAGGUUACAAACACACUUUGUGGGAGGGUGGCGUCAGAGGAAUAGGGUUUGUUACAGGACCUCUGGUCAAACAGCAGGGCAUGGUCAGCAAGGAGCUAAUGCAUGUCUCUGAUUGGUUCCCCACAAUUGCUGACAUGGUAGGGGCAAAGGUCAACAGUAGCUUAAAGCUUGAUGGAGUCAGUCAGUGGCCAAUGAUCAAGUAUGUAUUUUACUUUUGUUGUCGCUUUUUGGUCACACAGAAUUUCUUGUUUGAAGAUAUCUGUUCAAAACAGUCUUGCAAAAACACAUUGAGAAUAAUGUCCUCCUAUCACUUUCCCCUCAAAUUUUGUGUAUUUUAGCCAAGGAAAGAGAAGUGAAAGAGAAGAAAUUCUUCAUAACAUUGACAUCCUGGAGCCUCUCCUAGGGAAGAGGUUGUUUGAGGACACAUUUGACACCCGUGUACGGGCUGCGAUACGUGUGGGAGACUACAAGCUGAUCACUGGGAACCCGGGUAAAUUACAUCUAUUUUGUAUAUAAACCUGUAAACCGGUGCUUCUCAAACAUUUAUUUUUGGCCAGCAUUAAAUCACCCCCUACCUCCUCCCUCCCUCCUGUGUGACCCACUUUUGAUUUUAUUCAGGACAGUAGUAAGGGGCAGCUCUGUGAGAAAGAUGGCAACAGAAUAAAAUUUAACAGUGUUUGAUGUAACUGACUGUUAAAUUAAAAUUAAUGAUUUUAAUUAGUUCAGAGAUAGAUUGAUUAAUAUGAUCCGUUAAUACUACAGCUUUUUCAAAUUACAAUUAUGAUUAGCCGCUUGGUAACAGAGACUUACUUCUACUUCACUUAAAUAGGCUUAAUGUAAUGCAUGCCUUGGAUGGGCUUAGUAAAAAUAAUGCCAUUUCUUCAAUGUCUGGUUUAAGGUAACCUGAGAACACUUUUAAAUCAAAACGUUCAAAAAUAUUAAUCACAUUUCUUGAGCUUUCUGACCACUUUUCACAAUGCAUAAUAAUAACAUAGAACCUUCUGAAGCAAAAUCUAAAAGUACAAUUACCUAAGCUUUGAAUCAGCUAUUCAUUAAAAUAGCCAAAUGCAUCUGUAACUAAAGAUGGAUUUAUCAUCCAAUCUAGAAUUUCAAUUUAAGUUAUUGGGUUUUAAUAAUUUUAAGAUUGACGUCAUCUCCCAGGCAAACAUAAAUUUAUUUCAUUAAAAUCUACAAACAUUUCUGGCAAAAAAUAAGUCAUGUCAAAUGACUUUGGCAAUCAGCAUUGAGAGAAGCAUUCGUCUUUAUAACAAAUUCCAAUUCCACUAAUUCCAGUGUCAAAUAGCUUAAAAAAAUGACUUUCACAUUCACCUUGUGAAAGUCAAUAUAAACUUACAUUUCUUAACCACCAGUGUUGGGUCAUGAAUGAAACAAUACAAAAUAAAAAGAUUAGAUACCGGUACUUUUAAAAAACACACAAAAAAACAUGGUAACAACCUGUUCUUGAUGGGGAAGUUAGUUUUUGUUAUGUAUAAGUAGUUAAACUAAUGCACAGUCCCACAACUCAUUUAUAAGCAGUUAAACUAAUGCCCAGUUGCACAACUCAUUUAUAAGCAGUUAAACUAAUGCACAGUCGCACAGUUCAUUUAUAAGCAGUUAAACUAAUGCACAGUCCCACAACUCAUUUAUAAGCAGUUAAACUAAUGCACAGUCGCACAACUCAUUCAUAAGCAGUUAAACUAAUGCACAGUCGCGAAACUCAUUUAUAAGCAAACUAAUACACAGUCGUACCGCUCUUUCUUAUAAAAAUGCGAUUUAUUUGACUUCUGAAUCAAGACUAAUAAACUUUCUUGAAAGACAGACAUAACGUGAAAUAAUGGUAGGUAGAGUUUACUUGUCAGCUUGAUGGCCAUCUCUGACUAGAAUUUGCCUUCUAUAAAUUGUUUGAAAAAUUGACUCUUGCAUGCUUCCAGUGAGUGUGUAUAAAAUUAUGUCAGGCUCCUAUUUAAAGUGCAUUCGCUACUUUUUUUACAGUACAGUAGAUUGAUUACGUCUUGCUAAGUAAAUUUUUCUAGUUGUAAACAGACCCUUGUACCGAGUGACUGAUGCAUAUUCAUGACUACUUAAAUACAGAUAAUUUUAAAUAAUUGUCAAAUUUGAUAUCUUUUACAUUGUUUUUUAAAGUUAUUUUUAAUAGAAUCCAACGCCAAUCCCUUAGGUAGUCCCAGUGGCCCCUUUAAUUUACACCACACCCCAAGCAGUGCUUCCCACUGUCCAUAUUGGAUAAAUAUGAUUAUUAUGGUUUAUUCCCAUUCCCCUCCCCCUUGGUUUUAUUGAACUGAUAGUUUCCAGCAACCAUUGAGAAUGUAUGCUUUACAUUGCUUACAACCUGGCAGCAAAGACAACAUAGAUAAAGGUUCAGUCAAGAAAUCAUCCUUUGAUUGGAACUCUUAGUGUCUCCCUUAAAAGAACAUAUUUUUAAAAACCUCUAGACCCAUCUUUGGUUACAUUAAAGAUAAGUUAGGAGUGAGGACUUUUGUCUACUGUGGUGUAGCCUAAAUGUUUAAACCGAAGGGGAAGCUAAAUUAUUUCCUUAUUUAUAAACCAUAUACCAACUAAAACUUUUUGAAAGUCAUGUUUAACCUCAAGCAGAAGCUGAACUAUUUCCUAAUUAAUAAACUGCUUUAUGCUCUGACUAAAACUCUUUAAAAAAGUCAUGUCUCAUAUAUAUCAAUCCUAUACCCAUCCUUUCAUGAUUCUUGUGUUCACAAUGUUUCCAGGAGAUGGCAAGUGGUAUCCCCCGCCCCACCUGCUCAAGUUUAAUCAAAGUUUCCCAGACCCCAGAGCUCCUGAUGAUAAAAAUGUCUGGCUGUUCAAUGUCCAGGAAGACCCCAGUGAAGCUGUCGACCUGUCCAAUAUUUACGUUGGCCAGGUGAGGAGAAUGUUGGACAGGUUACAAUAUUACAACUCCACAGCCGUCCCACCUCAGUACCCGCAGUCUGAACCCGACUGUGACCCCAAACUACAUGGAGGUUACUGGGGUCCCUGGCUGUAGAAUCAAUCAAGCUUCAAAGGGACCAGUGAUGCAUGUUCUUAUAUGUUAACAAUUUCAUUGUUCAGAUGUAGAGAUCCUGUCAGAAUGAACAAAGCCUGCUGUUAUUGAUAAACAAGUAAUUCUUGGCACUGUAAUGAAUCCUAUCAGGUCAUCCAUAAACAACACCAGGUUCCUAGGGGUGGGAAGAGAGGAAAUCAUGAAUUUGUGACCUUGUAUUAUUAAAGUGUCUAAAUUGUGUGACAAAUUUGUGAAAGUCGGGUAAAAAAAUCUGCCAAAAUAGCUGACAUUAUUUAUGGUCGGCCCCCAUUGACAAUGUUAAAAUAAUAAAGUUCAUUCACUUGAACUCAUCACAUGGUCUGUUUUUGUACCAGUACCGGUAACAAAAUAACUUAUUUGACUUACACAUUCCACUUUGUAUCACAAUGUGCCUUUAUUUUACCAACAUAAUGCCAAUAGUUAUAUUUUGUUCUGGAAAUAUCUAUCUUAUUAUAAAUUAUUGCUCUGCCCCAUGACAUCUAUCAAAUGAACUAUUAUUGCUGACCAACUACAUCUCUAAUAAUCAUUGAUGCUGUGUGGUUGGUUCCAAGGGUACUUCUUGGAAAACACACCAGUUUGUGAUGAAAGGAAAAUGAAAAAAAGAAAAUAUUAUUUGUGCUUAACUGAUUAACAUUUAAAAAAAAACAAAAAACAUGAAAUAAUUAAAUAUUAUAAAACAUUUUUUCUACUAAAUAAUAAUUUUUUAAAACAUUUUUUGACUGCUUAAACUGCCGUAGCAAUUAACCUGCUAAAAAGACUCAGGUUUAAUAAUAAACCUCCAUUUAAAAAUCACUUAAUGCUUGCUGAUCUAUUGAUGAACAUUGUGAUUAAAGUUCAUAAUUUUCUUUGUUGACGCCUCUCUUGAAUACUAAAUACUCAUCUUAGUGCAAUCGUUUUAGAAACCUCUUUACUUAACAGAAAGUUAUUUUACUUCAUUUUCACAAUUUUCUAACUUUUCGAUAUAUUUUCAAAUAAAUCUUUUGACUUGCUUUUUUGUAUCUAUUUACAAAUAAAACUUUAGACCUGUUCUCAAGAAUGGUAAAAUUGGCAGAGCAAACCUUUGUCUUUGAAAUUAUUUUUAAACUCUCUAUUGAUUAUGUUUCAUGUUAAAUCUGUGGUUACAUUUGUACAUUAGACCAACAAUUUUUCUAUUUAAUCCUUUAAUUAACUUUCUUUUUCUGCACAGUAUUAA